AUGUCUUCCCCCGCACCCAUCCCGGCCAUCACCGCCGGCCGCCUCCUUCUCAGCCUCGUGGCCCUCCUCACCAGCAUCGGCUGCUACAUCGCGGACUGGAACGAGACGCACGUCAAGAACCCCAACUGGCCGCCGCACGCGCGCUUCCACAACGGCCAGACCAUGUCCAUGGGCCUGUCUCUGGGUUUGCUCACCAUGUAUUUUGCCUGGAGACCCGUGCUCGUCAAGGAAAAAGGGAUUGGCGAAAGGCAAUGCAUCACCAUCGCCGCCGUGCUGGGCUCGCUGUACUAUGUCACGGGGAUGAGUGGGAUUUUGUACCCAGGGGCGAAAUGGUUGGAUCCGGAGUUCGGGGAGGGAGCACCCCAGGUGCGCAUCUUUGUUGGCGUGGCGGGCAUGGCGUGGGCCGGGUGGGGGUUGGAGAUGAGGAGGUUGGCCGCGGAAAGGAAGGUGAAGAGGGUAUAG